AUGGCCCUCGCCGCGUCGCUGCUGCCACCGCUGCUGCUGCUGCUGUUGGGGCGGCCGGGGCUGGGAGGGCCGGGACAGGGCGCGGGCACCUGGUCCCGCUUCGCCCGGCUGCCCUACCCGCAGGACCAGCUCUUCCUCCACGACACCUUCCCCGACGGCUUCCUCUGGGGCGCGGGCAGCGCCGCCUACCAGACGGAGGGCGGCUGGCGCCAGGGCGGCAAGGGCGCGUCCGUCUGGGACACCUUCGCCCACCGCCCGGCCACACCGCCGGCGGCCGCCCCGCCGGGGCCCGUGGGCGGCGACGUGGCCAGCGACAGCUACAACAACGUGUUCCGCGACGUCGAGGGGCUGCGGCGCCUGGGGGUCUCGCACUACCGCUUCUCGCUGUCCUGGGCCCGGCUGCUGCCCAACGGGACCGCGCCGCCCAACCCCGCCGGACUGGCGCACUACGGGCGGCUGCUGGCCCGCCUGCGGGAGCUGGGCGUCGAGCCCGUCGUCACCCUCUACCACUGGGACCUGCCGCAGGCCCUGCAGGACGCCUUCGGCGGCUGGGCCAGCCCCGUCCUGCCCCGGCUCUUCCGCGACUACGCCGAGCUGUGCUUCCGGCACUUCGGCGGGCAGGUGCGCUACUGGCUGACCAUGGACAACCCCUACGUGGUGGCCUGGCACGGCUACGGCACGGGGCGGCUGCCGCCCGGCGUGCGGGGAGGCCCCCGCCUGGGCUACCUGGCGGCCCACCACCUGCUCCAGGCCCAUGCUAAGGUCUGGCAUCUCUACAAUGACCAUUUCCGUCCAGCUCAAAAAGGAAAAGUGUCCAUUGCCCUUAGCUCCCACUGGAUAAAACCCCAGCAUAUGACUGAAAAGAACAUAAAAGAAUGCCAAAAAUCCCUUGAUUUUGUGCUUGGCUGGUUUGCUAAGCCCAUAUUUAUUGAUGGUGACUAUCCAGAGAGCAUGAGGAGCAACCUCUCGUCUCUGUUGCCUGAAUUCAGUGAAGCUGAGAAGAAGUAUAUCAAGGGAACAGCUGACUUUUUUGCUCUUUCUUUUGGAGCUACCCUGAGUUUCCAGCUUUUGGACUCCCACAUGAAAUUCCAGCAGUUGGAAUCAAUAAGCCUGAGGCAGCUCCUUUACUGGAUAAACAGUGAAUAUAACAACCCCCAAAUAUUCAUUGUGGAGAACAGCUGGUUUGUUUCUGGUACCACCAAGAAAGAUGAUGCCAAAUAUAUUUACUAUCUCAAGAAAUUCAUUAUGGAAACGUUAAAAGCUAUCCGGUACGACGGAGUUAAUGUGUUUGGCUACACAGUCUGGUCCCUCCUGGAUGGCUUCGAGUGGCAUAGGGGGUACAGCAUUCGGCGUGGACUGUUCUAUGUUGAUUUUCAAAGCCAUGACAAGAAGCUGAUACCCAAAUCUUCUGUCUUGUUCUAUCAAAAGCUGAUAGAAAAAAAUGGCUUCCCACCUUUGCCUGAAAACCUGCCCAUAGAAGGUAUUUUUCCCUGUGGCUUUGCUUGGGGAAUUGUUGACAACUACAUUCAGGUAGACACGACACCCGCCCAGUUCGUUGACUCCAGUGUUUAUGUGUGGGAUGUUCACCAGACAAAGAAGCUCAUUAAAGUGGAUGGAGUUUACGCCUCGAAGCGCAAGCGUCACUGUGUCGACUUUGCUGCUAUCAGGCUUCAGAUCUCUCUUCUGCAAGAAAUGCAUGUCACACACUUCCAUUUUUCACUGAAAUGGUCUUUAAUCCUUCCUUUAGGUAACCUUUCUCUAAUCAACCACACACUUGUCCAUUACUAUCAGUGUUUUGCUAGUGAACUUCUCAGAGUUAACAUAACUCCUGUUGUUGCUUUAUGGCAACCUAUGAUUGAGAAUCAAGAGCUUCCAGUUUCUCUUGCCAAAUAUGGAGCUUGGGAGAACACAGAAACCGUUCAGGCUUUUGUUGAGUACGCCAGAUUCUGCUUUACAAGUCUUGGGGACCACGUCAAAUUUUGGAUCACCAUGAAUGAACCAUCUGUGAAAAACCUGACAUACACAGCAGGGCACAACCUUUUGAAAGCCCAUGCAAAGGUCUGGCAUCUUUAUGACAAAGAAUUCAGGAGAUCUCAGAAGGGCAAAAUAUCUAUAGCUUUGCAAGCCGACUGGGUAGAACCAGCUUGUCCCUUUUCCAGGAAUGACCAAGAAGUUGCUGACAGGAUUUUAGAGUUUGACAUUGGCUGGCUUGCAGAGCCCAUCUUUGGGAGUGGAGACUACCCAGAGGUGAUGAGAGUGUGGCUUCACCGAAUAAACAGUGUUGACCUGUAUAAUUUCCACUUGCCUUACUUCUCAGAAGAUGAAAAGAAGUUAAUACAGGGCUCAUUUGAUUUUUUUGCCUUGAGUCACUACACUACUACCCUUGUGGGCUCAGAGAAAGAAGAUGCAGUAAAAUAUGACCACUACCUUGAAGCUCAAAUGAUCAAUGACAUCACAUGGCUUCACUCUCCCAGCAGAGCUGCAGUAGUGCCCUGGGGACUGCGUAAAUUGCUCAAGUGGGUGAAAUCAAAGUAUGGUGAUGUCCCAGUUUAUGUCAUGGCUAAUGGGAUUGAUGAUGACCAGAAUAUGGUGCAUGAUAAGCUCAGAGUGUAUUACAUACAGAAUUACAUCAAUGAAGCUUUAAAAGCUUACACCUUGGAUGAUGUUAACCUUCAAGGAUAUUUUGUCUAUUCUUUUAAUGACAAGACUGCUCCUAAGUAUGGUCUCUACAGCUACGUUGCAAAUCAAUAUGAACCAAAGCCUUCUCUGAAACAUUACAGAGAAAUAAUUGACAAUAAUGGUUUUCCUGGUCCUGAAACUCCUGAGUUGCUGUGUCCGGAAGAUGUUGCCUUGUGUCCCGAAUGCCACUUCUUCCGAACAAGAAAAUCGUUAUUAGCCUUUAUCUCUUUCAUAUUUGUUGCUUUUAUUGUUACUAUAUUCUUCAUAAUUUACUACUCCAAGAGGAUAGAAAGAAGAUUAUAAAUAGAGCUUCUCUUUUGAAUACAUCACUCACAGUCCUUUUUCUUGCAUCCCCUUGGGAAAUCUAAAUAAGAAUGCACAAUGCUGUGAUUGCUUCAGCAUUAGGAAAGCAUUUACAUUGUCUGAUACUGCAGGAUAUUGAGAAUGAGAAGCUACUGCUUGCAUAUGGUUUCCAGAAAUAAUUUUCUCUGUUGUAGUACCUUUGGUUUGUAACCAGUUCUUGAUACCUGUGGUUGGAGUUGUCUCACAACUUUGCCUGGGAUCUUUUGUUGAACAGAUGCUUUCCCCUUCUUGGAUUUGCCUCGCUGAACUGGACAGGUGAAAGUAGGUUUUGAAAACAUGAUGUGAUGGAAGAGCCUCAGUGCCAAAUUCUCCAAGACUGAGGUGAAAUAAGAGUUUACUUUUCCAAACUGGGUUUAACACUGAUGUUUCUUAACCAGAGCUAGAACCUAACUGGAGCAGGGAUCAAGACUGAGAAGAAAGAUGGAGGAGAAUUACAAAAAGCAGUGCCAGGGGAAAGAUUAACCCCUUUCCUAAAGCAGAUGCAGGAGGAAGAACAGGGGGAAAUGACUCUGUACUGCUGGGAGCUCUUGGUAAAUCAGUUAACUAGUACUGAGACUCCAUCUGACUUCAGAAUGCCAUUGGGGAACUUCAGUUAAAGGAGCUGUGUCCUUCUCAGGGGGGUAAGAAGCAGGGAUAUAUCCAGGGAUUGCAGGGGUCAUGCCAUCUACUGGGAAGAGAUGGGAAGGGUGAAAGGGCUUCCCUUUGAUUUGCUCAGGAAAAAAAAAAGCAAAGAGCAGGAACUGGGAUGUCUUCACUGUCUAAGUUGGCAGAAAGCUGUGUUCCUGACCCCGUGCCCUCUUGCCCUGUACCCAGGGACAUGGCACAGCUGGGACACCCUAUUUCUGCACUUCUCAAAGCCAGCUGAAUUCAACUGCCACUGCUGCUGCCUGGCUACUUACCUUCUGGAAACCUGUGGUAACUUAGCAGGGAUGGUCUCUGCAUGCUGUUUGCAUUGAGUGCAGAGACUUUAAAAGCCAGCAUUUUAGUGUCAUAGUGCAGCACUUUAUUGCUGCCAAGGUCUGAGACUGUGGAGCUGUUGGGUCAAACCUCUCACAGGUUGGCUGGAAAUUCUUCUUUGAGCGACUGGACCUGGCAGCAUUUCAUCCCAAAGUAUUACUGGAUGUCUGAGAGUGUUUUUCUCUCAACAAGAUAAAACAGUAAAAUGUUAGCACCAUUGUUUAUUGGUAGAAAUAGAGAGAGAAUGGGAAAAAGACCUGUGUCAUUUUGCCUGCCUUGUGAAUUGCUGCAUUUGGAGGAUCCUCAAUAUAAAGCAGUAUGGUCAUUCUUCUCUGCUCUCUAACUCUAGGCCUGCAUUACUUUCAGCUGUUAUUGUAUUUUUAUUGUUAUGUGAACAAUGUCACUCACUGGAAAGAACAUUUUAAAAGAAAUGUGCUCUGUGUUAAUCAAGAAUUAUUUAUCUACUAAAGCUGAUUAUGCUGUAUUAAAUUUGAUGUUUAUCUCAUAGAUUACUAGAAGAUGACUAAAUAACCUCCCAGGGUUCCUUUCAACCUGAAUGCUCUAUGAUUCUAUACUGUAAAUUAAAACAUAUAUGAAAUAUGCUUUUAAUUUGUAAUUUAA